GCUGUUCCACAUUUGUCUGUGGUAAGAAAUAUGGCUGCUGAGAUAAAGCCUGCAACAGCGUCCAGUAGUGAUAAAUUUAGUUCUACAAAGAAACCAGUUCUUCUAUCGAAACUAGAAGGAUGUAAUGAUGAUGUAAAUGCUGCUAUUAUAAUACCGGGUGAAGACGGCGUAAUCAGUGUUUGUGAUGACCGGACUGUUCGAGUAUGGUUGAAGCGUGAUUCAGGCCAAUAUUGGCCCAGUAUUUGUCACUACAUGGCAGCUGGAGCUACUGCUUUGUUCUACUGUGUUGAAACUCGUCAGUUGUUCAUUGGAAUUGAAAACGGCACAGUGUCGGAAUUUACUCUGGCACCAGACUUCAAUCGUAUGACACCUGUACGGAACUACCCCGCUCAUCAGGCUCGAGUAACCAGCAUUCAUUUUGCCCUCAUCUGUGAGUGGAUGCUAAGCAUUGGACAAGACAAAAUAUUUCAAUAUCAUUGCUCUGAGACUGGCCGUCGCCUAGGAAGUUUCCAGAGUGAGGCGUGGUGUACUGCAUUACAGUUUGAUUCACAGUCAAAGCAUGCUUUCAUUGGUGAUUAUUCUGGCCAGAUCACAAUGCUGAAGCUGGAAAAUUCAGGGACAACAUUGAUUACAACACUGAAAGGUCAUACAGGCAGUAUACGUACCAUGGCCUGGGACUCAGAGAAGCAGCUCCUUUUCUCAGGCAGUUUUGAUCAGAGUGUUAUUGUGUGGGACAUAGGAGGUCAGCAAGGAACAGCAUAUGAACUUCAAGGACAUCAUAAUAAAGUGACAGCUCUAUGCUAUGCGAGUCUCAAGCAGCAGCUCAUCUCAGGAGGAGAUGAUUCAGUAAUUGUAUUUUGGGACAUGACCCAGGAGAGAAAGGAGACACCUGAGUGGCAUGAAUCAGACUGCUGUCAGCGAUGUGGACGCCCAUUCUUCUGGAACCUUCGUGCCAUGAUGGACCAACGCCAACUGGGUCUCAGGCAGCACCACUGUCGCUACUGUGGACGUGCAGUGUGUGACCGUUGCAGUGCAGGUCGGACCUCCAUUCCUGUAAUGGGUUUUGAAUUUGAUGUGCGUGUCUGUGAUCCAUGCCUCUCUGAACUCAAAGACAUGGAUCACACUUCUAUGGCCACAUUUCAUGAUGCGAAACAUGCUAUUGUGUUCAUGGACCUUGAUGAGCCCCGCAAACAACUACUAACUGUUGGGCAAGACCGACUGAUUAAAGUGUGGGAUGUUUCUGCACUUCUGCAGUAAUGUACAGUCCUUUGCAAUCCAUGGGAUAUUGUGAUAAAUGAGAGUGUGUUGAUUAACAGGCUGCCAAAACUAUAUUAUGUAAUAUAAAGUUAAAUAUAUAUAAAUGUGCAUGUGCUGUACAUACACUGUGUGUGUGUGCUGGAAUGACUGAAUACUUUUACAUGAUCAAAAUUGACUAUUCAUUAUUAAUCUGUAAUAGGAGGAGCUGCGUCAGUGAUCGAAGCAUCUCAUAACAUGCCUAAGCCUCUUAUCUAACGGUAGACAUUCCAGUGUGGAUGUUAUUGAUGUUCGGAAAAUGACCAUGAUGUCAGCAUUUGAUGGCAUAUCCUGUACCUUAUCAUACUAUAACAUACAAGGUGCUGUUACUUCAUGCACACUUAGAUGUAGUCUUUUCUAGAUUCCAACCUAAUAUUUAAUGUGAUCCACACUUCCAGAGCAACGUAAGAAUUUAAUUGGUUGUAGCUUCUGUGUGGAAUUUGGUUUCAAGAAUGGUUCAGUAUUCCUGUCAGUUGUGCCAAUCACUGAUAACUGGUGAUAUGUUUAGUUGUAGAAUUGUAAAUAGUGAGAAGGAAGAUAGUAACUGAAAUUCAAAUUUUAUAUUUCUGUAAAUCUGAAUAUUACGUUUGGAAGUUCUUUGUUUAAUAUGGUGGGGAGUACUGGUCAUUUCAGUGUUACAUCUCCACACACAAUUACAUCUACCUCAGGCAUAGUAUGACCAGUUUCAGAAAAUUUCACCAAAAAAUUAUCUUUGUAAAUUAGACAGUUGUGUGGUAUGAUCUGAAUACAUCCUUCCUGUGCAAAAGUUACAAAAACAGAACAGUUUCCAGAAUUGCAUGCUGAUUACUAUUUUUACAUACUGAGCAUUUUGCAAAUAUGUGAUGUGAUUUUGGUUCAUAAAGAUAUUAGUAUGGAAUCAUUGCUGGUGAUGAAGCUAUUUGAUAUUACUGAAGAUACAAAGAUUUCUCAUAUAGCUUCAAUAUGCAAGUGACAGGAUUUAUGGAAGGUGAAUAAAUGAAAUAUGAAAAUAUGAAAUUUUGACUAUUUUUUGUCUCAAAUAUUUAUUUAAAAUAUCUAUCACAGCUGGUGCUUUCCUUUUGAAUUGCAUAACAACAGGACUUGCUUAAUACAAUUCCAGAAUAAGGAAACUGGUGUAUAAAGGUUGAUUAACUUAAUUUUAAUCUGGAUUAUUUCAUACUGUAUAGGGAGAAUACUAGGUCAUUUUUUAUUGUGACACUGGUUUUGUGGAAUGGGUGGCAUUGUUGCCACAUAGUGAGCAAUGAAGAAAUUCGCACCUCAGUAUUGGUAUUAAAAGGACACUGUAAUUUGAAAUUCAUUCAGAGUGUGAAAAUUCAUGUAUAAAUUUAUCAUUGGCCACUAAAAUCACAAUGUUUCAUUCACAUUUUGUGAAGUACUGCUUUAUAUGAAACUGGACUGAUUUAACUGUCUUGCUCUAACAUAACUCAUUCAGGAGGGAGAAGAGUGCAUGAAUUGUGAUUUUUCGGUUACCGUUAUUCUUUGUCAUUUACUGCACAAGAGUCACAUUACAGACAUUUAAGUUGAGUUAGUUUAAAGAUUGCCAGAAGUGAAAUUGGUGGUGCUGUUAUAUAUGAUAUCAAGGAAAGAAAACGCCAUAUUUGUGACAGUGACUUGCUGCAAGUGAAAAUAAAGCACCUUACUUAGCUGUACCAAUGUUAAAUUUGAAAUUUGUGAUUCAUCUUAUAAAAUAAUCUUUUAAAUUGCAUAUUGCAGACAGAGUAUAAAAUAUAUAUAUUUUUUACUUUGUUUUGUUUGUUUUUGUGUAUUACAGUCUUUCACUAAUUUGUAUAUUGUAAAACUUGUAAAAUGUCAUUAAAUUUAUGUGCUUGUAUUUAACAUGUGAAUUAAAAUAUCAGAAUCUUCUGUUUGGGUUAAUGUGAUCAGUUCACAUGUUUGGGGGAUGUGCAGGCAGUUUAUAUUUAAACUAGUUUAGAUGUAAUUAACAUUCCAUUGAAUGAUGAAAUACCUCAUUUCCUUUGUUUUCCUAUUUGUCAGCAUAUUUUCUUUAUUUGUAUGUGAUUGAUAAUAUAACAGAUAGUUUGGAAUCCUGUUGACCCUUAUAUAUAUAAUUUCAAUCUUAUAGAUUCUCCCAUCCAACCAGAACUAAAAUGCAGCUGAAGGCCACCAUAAUGCAGAUUAUGAAGCUGCCUCAUAUCUCAUGGGUUUAAAUUACAUAUGAAUGAUAAUUAAAUGUAGAAGUUUUUACAAGUACUUUUUAAUAUUUGUGGGGAAAUAACAUCUAUUCCUUGCUUGAGUAAUGUCUGUGCCUUCAGUACAGUUGGUAUGGGAUGGGUUUUUCAGGUAGACCCUCUGAAUACACAUUAGAUGUUAGAAAUGCCAUUCCAUGUAGGAGUUAAAGGGGCAUUAUAGAGCAGGACACAUGUACCACCUUCAACAAACUAUUUUUUUCUUAAGUUAAGAGGAUCCCAUUAACUACAAAUGAGAUGUAUAUUGUUGUGUGUCAUUAUUAUAUUGCAUUUAUUUAUUUAGAAUCAAAUUGAAACUGGAUGAGUAGUUAACUUUGUGUAGGUCUAGUAUGUUAAGUACAGUUAAGUUACACAGAGAAGUCAAGCUUAGUAAUAUGACUUUAUUUUUAUGAGCAUAGUUUUCAUAAUAAAGUAGAGUUAUCAAAAGUUAUGGGUCCCAGGCUUAUUCCAUUCUAACUCAGUACACAUCUAAUGAUACACAAACACAUUGCACGCAGGGUUGACAUGUCCUAUGCUAAUCUUGUGCUGUUGGGAUGCAGUGGUCCAAGGGUGUUUUCGCCUUUAAAUGAGACACAUUUGUGCAUUAAUCCUACAACUGGAAACAAAGGGAUGUAUGUGCAUUUAUGGACAACAACUUGCAUGUUAUCACAGGUGUGGCCUGGUUACUGGCCUCAGAUUUUGCAUGGUCUGUAGUUACAGUUUGGCUGUGAGAGAAUUACUUACAUUUUUGCUCAGUAGUGAAUAUGAAGAAGGGGAGAUGAUGUUCCUGCUUCCUGCUUGUGCUAUGCCUUCUUUUAUUUAAAUCUUCAUUCCUGCAGUAGCCGAUCAUUGUGGAUAAAUAAAUGAUUUUCAGAAAUAACUACAUUAUAUUUGCAAAUAUAUUUAAGUACAAUCACAUGUUGUGAGCACAGAGGAUAUAAUCCAAAUGAUUUGAGAAACCACUUUCAAAAGGACAUUGAAACUUUUGAUCAUUUGUUAAACAUGAUGCAGCCUUUUGAAACAUCGUGAGAGGAUUAGUUUCUUCAGAAUAGUGCCUAAUGGUUACACUCAGAUUUUUAGCAGAUGAGAUCUUAAAAAUGUUUAAGAAAAUCCUCUGGAAUUUCUGCUCAAGCCUUCAGAUACUUAACCUUUAAACACCAGAGUUUUAUGCAAGUGCCUGCUGCUAGUGCAUCUUUAAAUGCCUGUUGUUGCUCUAUGUUUAAAUGUCAGUUUCUGUUAGGAUGCUUACGUUGUAUCUAAAAGUGCUGUAUCUAAUACAAUUUUUAUGAUAAAUGAA